AUGGCAGCACAGUUGACGCUCCGUACGUAACGUAGCAUGCACUCGGGAGAACACGUGUCCAAUUGCUUAUUGCCGAAAGAUCAGCGGACCACGUUCGAACGGGUAAUUACCGCCAAAUCAACCGGAAUCGCCGCCGCCGCCGUCUGUGAACUCAGCCAAGGAUAACGCGUCCUUUUAAGUGUGCGACGCGAACGCGAGAGUUUUUAUUUAUUUCCUUCCGCGCGCCCGCACAAACUUGAAAGCGAAAAAUCGUCAAAGACGAAAUUAAUCAAUCGUGCGAAUUUUCUGGUGCGUAGUGUGUGUUUGUGUCAACAAGAGACUUGCGACCACAACAUUUUCACAAAUUAUUAUUAAAUCGGUGUGUGCAAUUGUUCAGACUGGGAGCAACAUCCGGACCCGUCCCGACGCCGGGCGGGUUUUCUCCAGUCCUAUCGACGAAAACACUGUCACUGCGCGACCACGCGGUGGCUCCAGACUCCUUCUGGAAGAUGCCGCACAAAGAAGAAGAUCUAAUGCAUCACGCAAUGGGUCAGAGCACAAUAUUUGGCUGCUCGUCGGCUGGCCACAGUGGCAUCAAUCAAUUAGGCGGUGUUUACGUUAACGGCCGCCCGCUGCCGGACUCCACCCGCCAGAAGAUUGUCGAGUUAGCACAUUCAGGUGCGCGGCCGUGCGACAUCUCCAGAAUUCUGCAGGUGUCCAAUGGUUGCGUGUCGAAAAUACUCGGCAGAUAUUACGAGACUGGGUCAAUUAAACCACGCGCAAUUGGCGGUUCCAAACCGCGGGUAGCAACUCAACCUGUUGUUGACAAAAUCGCCGACUACAAGCGUGAAUGUCCCUCCAUCUUCGCCUGGGAGAUUAGAGACCGGCUGCUUUCUGAAGGAGUGUGCAACAACGACAAUAUUCCUAGCGUCUCCUCCAUCAACCGGGUACUGCGCAAUCUGGCCUCGCAGAAGGAGCAGCAGGCGACGGCACAGAACGAAUCCGUCUACGAUAAGCUGCGAAUGUUCAAUGGUCAGGCUGCCGGCUGGGCCUGGUAUCCGGGGACACCUUCCACGCCGCAUCUCAGCUUACCACCGGCACCCACCGCACUCACUAGUCAAAUCACACGAGAUGAUCUUCAAAAGCGAGAAAUUCUUCACGAGAAUACAUCAGAUGGAAACUCCGAGCACAAUUCAUCGGGUGACGAAGAUUCUCAAUUACGGUUACGCUUGAAGAGGAAACUGCAGCGAAAUCGAACCUCGUUUACAAACGAACAAAUUGACAGUUUGGAAAAAGAAUUUGAGCGCACACAUUACCCGGACGUUUUCGCCAGGGAAAGGCUAGCGGAGAAAAUUGGAUUACCUGAGGCACGUAUCCAGGUUUGGUUCAGCAACAGACGUGCCAAGUGGCGCAGAGAGGAAAAACUAAGGAAUCAACGGCGUGCUGUUGAGCAAGUUGCUGUUAGUCCGCCGGUAUCCAGUGGCCGACUGCCCAUCAACACCGGGUUCAAUUCCAUGUACUCGUCGAUACCACAACCCAUUGCGACAAUGGCAGACACCUACAGCUCGAUGUCUGGUGGUUUAAGUAGCAGUUGUCUCCAGCAGCGCGACCCAAGCGGCUAUCCGUACAUGUUCCACGAUCCCCUGCAUUCGCUCAGCUCGUCGUACAAUUCGCGGGCGGCAGCGGCGGCAUGCAAUCCUGUGGUGGCGCACGCACAACAGUCCAGCCAUCCGGCGUACGCCUCAUCGGGCACGCCGACGUCGGUGCCGUCAACGGGAACCGGUGUCAUUUCAGCUGGAGUAUCUGUGCCAGUACAAAUUCCCAACCAGACCUCUGAGCUGUCCUCCAACUUAGCGGCGUCGAACUAUUGGCCGCGCAUUCAGUGAUCUCAACUUUUCGGGUUUCCGCCGCCCAGCUUACUGGUGGACAACCCGAGUCUGCACGGCAACAUUACACCGCCAGCGACCGUGAGCGCCCAGGACGCCAGCCACGAGUCCACUUAAAUACAAAAACGAAAUAUUUAAUUAAUUACUCUUUACCAACGGUGCCCAAGAUACAAACACAAAAAAAGAAAUGAAACAAUUUUACAGCAAAUAUUAAUUACCAAAAAUUUUAACAAACGUCCGACCCGGGCGGUUCAGGGUACUAUGUAAAUAUAAUCGCAAUUGUGUGUUGAAUUCCGAGUUUUACGAUGCUAUAGGAACGAAUUACAAGUAUAAAUACCCUCUAUUUCCUUAUAGUGAGCGACGAGCACAAAUUACUUGCAAGUUCUUCGUGGAGACGACGUAAAUUUGCGCGUGUGUACAUUGUACAUAUUAAUAUAACAAUUCAAUAAUGAUAAAAUGGUUCAUUGCAAUAAUUACGCGGAUUUAAUAGCAAUAAUUCCAAUGUAUAUGUAUAGGAAAAAGUACGAGAUAGUUUUCAGACGUAUAGAGAAGUAAAAAAUCGAUAGAUUUCUGCUUUGUACCAAGUAAUAAUCAUUUUUUCAAAACAAAACAAAAAACACAAAUUUGAUUUUAUUCCGAUUUUAUACCAGUGGUUGUAGCACCUGAAAGUGAAAAAUGAAGAUGAUCAUUAUGUAAAUGUCGUAAUUUAUUGAUUGACAGAUCAUUGUUGCUGUGAUUAAGUUUGAUUUUGAAAUAAUAUAGUAUUAGAUACAUUCAUGUUUUUAGUGUGUAUACAUAUAAUAUACAAUUAUCGUAUACUUGUGAAAUAAAAGAAACAUAAGAAAA